AUGUUGAAUGUUUCUCGACUUCACGCACUAUUCAACUACCAUCCUUCUAAUGGUAGUAAUGGUAUCGUAAGUGUAUUACUUCCUUCCGGUUCUAUUAUAUAUCUUCAGCAAACAACCACCGAUAAUGUGAGUGAAAUUUUAUGCAAGGUUUGCGAGGAGCUAAAACUUGAUCCGGAAAAAUACCAUAUCAUAAGAGAGGGUCGUGAUCAAGUUCGAUUAGAAGAACGAGAUUAUCAGUUGCAGAAGAAAGAACGAAGUCUCGGAUUAACUAUAUGUGCUAAAAUGUGUAGUAGUGGUGAAAUUAAGGCUGAAGUUCGUGCAAUCCGUGACAAAAUAGCUUGUGUUAAAGUAGGUGAUUUGGUGAUAAGCGUUGAUAAUCGAUUGAUUAGUUCGUUAAAAAGUGCUGAAGAAGUGCAAAUUUUGUUGCGUCACGGUACAAAUCUUGUCCUACGUAAACGUGACGCUAUCAUUUCGCAGUAUAUCAAGCCAAGACUAUUAUCUACUCCAAUAAAUAAUAGUACUACUACUACUACCACUACUGUUACAACAACCUUUGACAGUUUUGCACUACCACCUCCACCUCCGCAAUCUUCCAUAAGGAAUCGUUCUCACAGUAUGGAUCGAAUAUCUGAUAUUACAUCUUAUACGAACAAAAUUCGAAAGGAUCAACAAAACGAAUCAGCACGAUCAUCACCCACUCGAAGUGUUCAUCGAAUCUAUCAGCUAUCAUCAAAUAAUGAUCGUCAAAUGUUUCAUUCCACGUACGAGAAGUCAUCAUCAAGACGUGAGGAAUAUCGACAUACCACUCCUAAUAGUGCUAUUUCUGUAUCGCAUUUUAGUGAGGGAGCAAAAGAACAGCUCCUAAAAACAAUCAGUGAACUUGUAUCAACCGAAGAAAAUUUCGUACGUGAUGUUCAGAAGCUUGUAAAUCAGUAUUUAAAACCAACGAAUUUAAAUCUAUUGGAAACAGCUGAUUGUCUUUUACGAAUUCAAACUUCAUUCUUCUUAUCACUUCGUGAUGCAGCCGGAGAUGUUGCACGUUCAUUUACAGUUUCACAACAGCAAUUGCGAGACUCAUUAAUUCGUAUUUCGGCUUUAUUUGUCAACAAAUGUAGUAAAUUCAAAAUUUAUAGUGACUAUUCAGCUGCAUAUUUACGAUUUCAACAAAAUAAAAAAGAGAUAAGUGAUACUGCAACACGAUUGGAAAGAUUAAACAUUAGCGGUGAGCAAAGUGAAAGUGCUCAAUCAUUACUAAUCAAACCAAUUCAGAGAGUGCUCAAAUAUCCUCUCUUUUUACAACAAAUUAAAGAUAAUUGUUUUAAAGGAUCCGUAGAAAGGCAGCAAAGUGAACAGGCUCUAACAAAAAUGCAAGCCUUGGCGGAAUACGUGAAUGAAAUGCAACGAUUGACGGAGCAAUAUGGACAGAUUAUUGAAGAAAUUUCCACAAAAAAUGGAGCAGCAUCACGUAUGAAUUUCAGUCAAUUGUUAAUGUUUGCACAUAUUAAUUGGUUGAAUUGUUCCGAAAAUCGUUCACGUCCGGUUGCUUGCGUAGCAUUUGUUUUCACCAGUUUAAUUUUGAUUUUCUGCCCAACACUUUCCAAAAAUAAGACUAAAGUUUAUCGAAUUUUACCAAUUGUUGAAGUAGAAGUAAACGAAAUCGACAAUCAAUCAUCCCAAUCACAGUAUGCCUUCAUUCUUAUACAUAUCGGUUCAUCACGUGAACCCGUCUACCACUUAUGUUGCUGCCAAGCGGAAAUUAAAAAUCAUUUCGUCAAAUCUAUUCGCAAAGCGGCCGCUACUAUAGCGUAA